AGGUGCAGGCAACAGGUGUGCACAGUUUACACAGACCUCACAGAGUGCUCUCACUCUGGCAGCUGCCAGGAUUCACACAUUUCUCUGGAUCUACUGGGCAUUUGGGAAUUAAAUAAGGCCUCACAAUGGCCAACUUUGGUGGACAUGCCAUUCCUGGCACUUUUUUCCUCUUUUAUGGCUUUUGGCUAACAGUGAAGCACAUUCGCCAACACUACUGGAGGACGAGUCAGCCCAAAGGAAGACAGAAUAUGCCUCCUUUCCUUAAAAGAAUGGAAUACUUUGAAGGAGGACUCCAAAUCUUUGCUGCAUUUGUGGGCAUCAUGGUUGAACAGUUUGUGGUGGACGGGCCGCAUGCCCGCCUCUACGACAAGGAGAACAACUCGUGGGUCAAGCUGAUGAACUGGCAGCACAGCACCAUGUAUCUGUUCUUUGGGAUCGCUGGAAUAGCACUGGUUGCCAGCACUGCGUCCAAACUGGUGCCAUCUGGUGUUGACCGCUUCACUCUCUCCUUGGCUCUUUUUGUUGAAGGGUUUUUGUUUUAUUACCAUGUACACAGUCGGCCACACCUGGAUGCUCACAUCCACUCCCUGCUGCUGGUGGCUGUGUUUGGUGGAUCAGCCGGCACCAUGUUGGAGGUGUUCAUGAGAGACAACAUUCUUUUGGAGCUGUUCAAGGCGUGCAUGUUCAUCCUGCAGGGCUCGUGGUUCUACCAGAUUGGAUUUGUACUGUACCCUUUGAGUGGACCACAAUGGGACUUGGAAAUGCAUGACAACGUUAUGUUUGUCACAAUGUGCUUCUGCUGGCAUUUAGCCAUCGCCCUGCUUUUAGUCACCUUCACCUCCUCUGUGGUUUGGUUCACGCUGAAGCGAUGCUCAGGAAGGGGACAGGACAUAGAGAUCGGAAUGCGAAAAACAUCCUCCAAAGCAAGCUGUCAGAAAGCUUUGCUUGAAGAGUCAGAUGAAGAGUGAAUGUUUUUGUUAUGGUUCUUUCAAUUUUUAUUCAAAUUUCUAUGUUGAUGGUCUGUGUGUAAGAGUUUGUAAGUGUGUGUAAGUGUUUGCACAAUCUACUUUGUUUUUGUAAUAAAAUAACAUUAAGCACAAAUCUAUUUAAA